UUGAAGGGGUAAAGGAUGGGGACAAUUCCACCGGACAUGGGAAAUCUCGAAACGGCCGUGAUUCCACCUUACCAAGGGAUGUAUUACCCCGUGCAAACCUCGUAUAACGCUUACAUCUGCGAUGUCAAAUAUCCCAUCAAGGUCUCCUCUGAUGGCAUAUGGUUCCAUGACAAUGCUCUCCACUACCCCCUCCCCGUCCUCCUCCUCCAGUUUGCUCUCAUCACCCUCGUCUCCCGUAUCCUCUACUUCUUCCUUCGCCCCCUCAAGCAGCCCCGCAUCGUCUCCGAUGUCCUCGCGGGAGUACUUUUAGGACCUCUUGGGUUGUCACGCAACCGAGACCUUAUGGCACGUUUGUUCCCCUACAAGUCCAUGGCUCUGCUGCGUCUUUUGUCCUACCACGGCAUCAUGUUCAAGCUCUUCGUCACGACGGUCAAGACGGACCCGGCCAUCAUAAUGCGGUCGGGGAGGAAGGCCGUGGCUCUAGGCCUAGUCAGCCUCGUUGCACCCUGCGGCAUCAUGGUCGGCCUCGGUUACCUCCUCCUCUACACGCGCGACCUCCACCCUGACGUCGCCCCGGACUCCUCCAUCGUCGUCAUGGCCCUCCUCCUCAGCACCAGCUCCUUCAUUGUCGUCUCCGAGAUCCUCGAGGAGAUCGGCCUCCUCAACACCGAGCUUGGGCGCCUCGCCAUGCUGUCGUCCGUGAUCAACAACGCCGUUGGCUUGUUCGCCAUCACCAUCGUCACCUCCAUCAAAAGGGAGAAGCCGCUGCAAUCCGUCAGGUCCCUGGGCUUGGGGGCUGCCAUCAUCCUCUUCACCUUCUUCAUCUUCCGCCCCUGGAUGCGGUGGGUCGUGCAGCGGACCCCGAAGAGCAGGCCAGUCGGUGGAGGGACCAUGGUGGCCGUGAUGGUCGUCGUCUCGAUGGCCGGAAUUGUCAGCGAUAUCGGCGGCGCCACCUUCAUCUUCGGUCCCAUUCUUCUGGGGCUCGCCGUCCCCGACGGCCCGCCGCUCGGGGCCGCCGUCGUCGAGCAGAUAGACACCGUGGUGUCGGAGGUGCUGAUGCCCCUGGUCUACCUAAGUUGUGGCUUGGUCGUCGAAUUCUCAGAGGUCAACGACGGUUCUCUUCAACUCCCCGUCGUUCGCUCGACCCUGUGGACGAUCGUUAUCUUGGUGAUAGGCAUCCUGGCUAAGCUCGUGGUUACCAUUAUUCCGGCCCUCUACCACAAUUUAUCCAUCCAAAAUGCCUUGAUGUUAAGCUUCAUGUUGAACUUUAGAGGCAUGGUGGAGGUCGCACAUAUACUCAUCUACCGGUUAGAUCUUGCAAAUAUGGGUGUAUACUCUGCGAUGUUGUUGGCGUCGAUCGGAGUAACGGCGCUCAUCGUGCCGCUGGUGAAGACGUACUACAAUCCCCUGGGAGUGAAUUACUCUGUGGGGCAGACGAUCCAGCACUUGAAGCCCCACAUGGAGCUGCGGGUGGUGGCAUGCGUGCAGGACGAGAGCGCCGUGCCGAGCAUCAUCCACCUGCUGGAGGCGUCGUGCGCGGACGGGGGGAACCCGCUGUGCGUCUACGUGCUGCACCUGAUGGAGCAGGUGGGUCGGGCGUCGUCCAGCUUCAUCAAGCACAAGAACAAGAAGGGCUUCAUCAACCCGACUAACAUGGAUCGCCUCCUCAACGCCUUCAUCAACUUCGAGCAGUCCAAGAAGGGGCAGGUACCUGUGCAGCCUUUCACUGCCAUUGCCCCCCACCGAACCAUGCACCAGGACAUCUGCUCCCUCGCCUUGGAGAAGAAUGCUGCCUUCAUCAUCGUGCCCUUCAUGAGAGAUGCCGGAGAGGAUGGCGAGGCCGACCGACCCAAUCGAACCAUCAUUUCCAAUGUCCUUUCCCAGGCUACCUGCACGGUGGGCAUCCUGAUUCUCAAAGACGGGACGGUACUCCCCAACCCGACCAACUCCAAGCAGAACAUCGGCGUCCUUUUCUGGGGAGGCCCCGACGACCGCGAGGCUCUCUCAUACGCCGCCUGCCUGGCCCGCCACCCCAGCGUCCACCUUAGUGUCACCCGCUUCGUGGCGGCAAUGGACCAGGACACCGACACCAAGGAGAUGGCGUGGGACGAGAAGGUGGUCGAAGAGCUCAAGCGCGAGCACUCCCUCAACGAGAACGUAGUGAUCCAGGAGGUGGUCUCCAAGGACGUCGAGAAGACCGUUGCCCAGAUCAAGUCCAUCGACAACCAGUACGACCUCAUCAUCGUCGGCCGCAGCCAGGGCUCCAACUGCUUCUUGGACAAGGGGCUGGCGGAGUGGAGUGAGUUCCCGGAGCUGGGAUUGGUUGGGGACAUGCUCUGCUCCUCCGACUUUGACGGCUUCUUCUCUAUCCUUGUCGUGCAACAGCAUCUGAAGGCUUGAAACUAAGGGCGUACGUUCACUGACUGGUUUCAAUCGGAAGGAAAACAAAUGGAUUGAAGACCUCCGUGAGAGGUCACAGCUCACUUCACUUAGAUGGGAGUAGUUUAGCUAGUCACGCUUGCACGUCAUCUUGGAGAUGUGUCUCAUCUUGUCUGAUUCGCCUAUAAAGCUCAGAGAAGGAAAUUCUAGUCGAUCGUGUCUUCCAAGGGGAAGCGAACGGUUAAUUCUUUUGUUUUCUGGUAAGAACGUGCACAUCAUCUUGGAGAUGUGUCUCAUCUCGUCUGAUUCGCCUAUGAUGCUCAGAGAAGGACAUUUUAGUCGAUCGUGUCUUCCAAGGGGAAGCGAAUGAUUAAUUCUUUUGUUUUCCGAAAGUACACAUUCUCUUAGAAGUUAAUUUAUAAUUAUGUUUGUAUUUAAUAUUAACAAAUUCAAUGGUCAA